AUGCAAGGUUGCAUUAUUCCGCAGCAAGAGGCGAAGAGAGAAGUGCAACAACAUAAAGCUUUUGGGUGGGAAGCACUUUAUCAUCCGAGGACUUGUGCGUUCCUGUUCCCGAUUGUCGAGGAUGCACAUCUCUCCCUCCCGCAUGACACCUUCAACCAGACUGUCAACAUCUCACCGGUCACCAUCAAGAUGAUGGGCGACUCAGAGGCCGCCGCGGCCGUCGCGGCCGGUCGUGUACCACCGGAAAUCAGCCUCGCAUACUUGGAGGAAGACAGAGACGGGCCUUCGAUGGAUGCGUCAAUCUUCAUGUUCGCCAUUACGUUGGUAAUCGUCAACGGUCGCGCCUUUUCGCGAUUCUUCCUACGGAAAAGCUUUGGAAUAGAUGACACAUUAGCAGUGAUAUCUAUGGCAAUGUUCAUAGCCUUCGUUCCACUGUGCAUCAUCCUCAUCAACAUCGGCUCUGGUCGACAUUUUGAAUUCAUUCAAUUCGUCAUGACCCAAGAUAUUCUGGAAGAGACAGAGAUCCUCGACUUCACCGCCCACCUGAUCUACACAAGCGCGCUCUUCGUUUGCCGGUUUUCGGGUCUAGCGUUUUAUUACCGAGUGUGCGGCGUCCACAGCCGAUUCCUCCUCGCAAUUAAGGGAGCCGGACUAUUUCUGAUCGCCGGCUACAUCACACAGAUGCUUCUCAUCAUCUUCCACUGUCUUCCCGUGACAGCGAUAUGGCCCUACGAAUGGCAGUCACAAUUCAACCAGUACAAAUGCCUUCCAUGGGGUUUUGUCUACGGAAUCAACUCGGCAGUGUCAUUGCUUUGCGACUUUGUUCUUUUCGGAAUACCCGUAGCGAUGUUAUGGAUGUUGGAAAUGACAAGAAAGAGGAAGAUUCAGCUUGCUUGCAUUCUGCUGCCCGGAAUUUUUGUUGUCGCCAUUUCAAUCGCCCGUCUCAUUUUAGUUAUCAACGGUCAAUGGCAACCAGACCAGUCAUGGAUCUACAGCCCGCUUCUCGCCAUUGAAGUAUCCGAAAUCGGUGCGACGCUCAUCGCACUCUCCAUCCCAGGAUUCAGGCCGUUGGCAGAAGAGCUUUUCAACAGAGUAGUCGCAAAGCUAAAGCAGUGGUUCCCCAAAUUAUUCAACAAGAGUCGGCGGAAUUCCACGGUGCAUCCCGACUUAUGGUACGAAACACCACCAUGGCAACAAGACGGGACACCAAUGACGGGAGACUUCAAAGCAAAGGACCUUGAAAGAGUCGUUGGGUUAGAGCUGAAAGAAAUUCGGAGCCCCGACAAGUCUCACCCAAGCCCUAUCGACAAGUACGCGCAAUCCAGUAAAGGCAAGGCAAGGCCUGAAAGCACGAACAUCUGGAUGUUUGAAGACCCGGUCAAGGACAAGGAUCGGAUGUGA